AUGUCUUUGGCGGAAUUUGACGACAUACACUAUGAACACUCGACUUCGCGGCUGGAUGUGCCUUCGAAUUAUCUGAUGAAGAAAGCACGCCGAAAUCCCAAUGGGCUGGAUGAACUUCGCAAAUCCAUGAGAUCUGCGACAAUAUAUGUGGGGAAUCUUUCUUUUUACACUUCUGAGGAGCAGAUAUACGAACUUUUCAGCAAAUCCGGCACUAUCAAACGCAUCAUCAUGGGACUGGACCGUUUCAAGUUCACGCCGUGUGGGUUUUGUUUUGUGAUUUACACCACACCUGAGGAGGCCCUAAAUGCAGUGAAAUAUCUAUCAGAGAUGAAACUGGACGACCGUAACAUAUCAUUGGACCUGGAUCCCGGUUUUGAAGAUGGGCGUCAGUUUGGACGCGGCAAGUCCGGUGGCCAGGUGAGCGACGAGCUGCGGUUCGAAUUUGACGCUUCAAGAGGCGGCUUCACAGUGCCGUUGGUGGAUCGUAUUGGCACCAACCACACGCACAAUUUCGGGGCACGUCGUGUGCGAGACACGUAUAUUCCCGGUCAGGAUCAAGAGGAAGUACCCGAGGAUGAGGACGAGGAACCAGACAACUACGUGCCGGGCGAGUGA